UUCUGCGCUGCGCCGCAGUCGUAUUGAUGGCGUUUUUACUGAUAAGUGCGGUUGUCAUUUAUCUGCCAUAAAUUAACAAAAUAGUUAAAUUAUCAGUAACGUAUUAGCAAUUAACCUAUAGAAUAAUGGCUGAAGCGGCGGUAGAAGAUAGACCUCAUCAAAAAUUCUAUUGCCAUAUAUGCAAUGUGCAGUUUGAAAAUGCCUCAGCUAACUUUACUUGCCCUCAUUGCUUUGGAGGUUUUAUAGAAGAAUUGGAAGCUCCAGCUGAAAAUGUAACGGAUGUGGUGGACGUCGAUAUGGUUAGCGACGACGAUGACGAACCUUAUAAUAUGUUAAAUUAUCGAAUGGAUUUUACCGACUUAUUUUUAACGCCCGGCCCACCUGAAAUGAGAAGAAGUGGUCGUCAGAGAUACCAAGAUCCUUCUAGGAGGAGAAGGUACGCAACAAGUGUAGAUCCUCGUCACCGAAUUGUUAGACCAAGAACUUUAACACGACUGGCAUCUAAUAUGAGACAUCAGACUCCGUUUGAGAAUCUUAUUCAGGAGGUCAUAUUAAACUUGGGUGUAGAUUGGGCCGGUGGCGGCACUAUGCAGUUCAUUUUAGGAAACCCGGGGGAUUACGCUUGGGGACGCGAAGGACUUGAUGCCAUUGUAACUCAAUUACUUAAUCAAAUGGACGGAACAGGUCCUCCACCAUUAUCAAAAGAUGUGAUUGACGCGUUACCGAUUGUGGAAGUUUCUGAUGAACAAGUCGAUACAAAAUUACAGUGCUCAGUAUGUUGGGAAGAUUUUGUUUUGAAGGAAUCAGUAAGGCAGUUACCAUGUCUACAUAUAUACCACGAACCGUGCAUUCGUCCCUGGCUAGAAUUGCACGGAACGUGUCCGAUUUGUAGACAGAAUCUUUCAACUGGUGAUAAUGCGAGUGACGGAAAUCAAGCGUCGGGUAACUCAGGAUCGGGCAGGACUACGUACGAUGCUCUGGAACAGCUACUGUGGAACCCAGGCCAUCGAUCGAAUAGUCCAUCUAGUUCCACCGCUACUCGAGGCUCAGACAGUCCCACUUCUAGCAAUUCAAGUUCCAGUAAUAGAGAUCCAAGAAUGUAAAAUAAAUGUAUUAGAUUUGUUUAGUUCGCUUCACUUUUCACACAUAAAAAGAAGCCGAAAUUUUCCUUAUUUAUUUUAACGUAUCCAUUACGAAAAGUAUGCAACGUUAUUUGGCAUAGUUUUAGUAAUUUUGCCUAGACUGAGUUUCGUUGUAUAUUCAGAAGAAUGGGCCACGGUUCUUUUAAUCUUAAGUUGUGUAAUGCAUUGGUUUCUUUGAUUUGUAUAUUAUGUGUUGUACCUACAUCUCACUUAAACUGUUUACUGAAAUUAAGGCAUAUUUAUAAUACAUACUGAUUUGCAAAUUGCUAUCAAUAAAAUGUUUAUAGUUAAA